CCCGUACGAGCUUCUGCAGAAACAUAACUUCGCAUAAUCUCCAUUACAUCCUCGUUGAGUCAUUUUCUCGUAGGGUUUCUGCUUUCUUGACUACUUUCUUUCUUUUUUCAUCCACGCUUUCUCUCUGUCCAAACAUCCCCAAAACCUCAAUCUCUUGGAAACUACCAUCUGGUUUGUCUCAAUUGAGCUUCUAGAGUCUUGCUCAUGAAUUAUUUUGUUUAAUUUAUGUAUUUUGUCGUCUUUCUCUUAUUUUCCUUCACUUUUCUCGCUGUCCAAACAGUCAAACUCUCUAAUUCUUGCAAUUAAGGUGUCGAAAAACACAAAUUUAUCGCCGUACUUCAAGUUUGUAUUUAGUUACGGCAUGAAAAAUUAAAGCCUUCCGAGUGCUUAUGAUCAAAAAGAUAUAGUUUUUAGAUCCGUGGGAAAAUUAUGGGUUUUUCGUUUAAGCUUACAACGAAACGUAAAAGGUAUCGUCCGGAACCUGCUGUCAAAUCAGGGAAUUGUAUAAAUCAAGUUUCAGAGGCAUGUAUUGGUGAUGUUUCAGAGAAUUCAAGGCAAAGCUCUCGAACCCGAAAACCAGAGGGGGAGGAUGUUGUUGGAGCUUCUCAUUGUGAUGAAGCGUUUGGCAUGUCUGCAGGUCAUGAAGCUUCUGUUUUAUUGAACCUGUACUCGGAUGGAUUCUUUAUUGAAAAAAUCCUGGAGAAAGAAGCUAUGCAUCAAGUUCAAGAAGCUCCAAAGAAGUUACUUCCAUAUGAUAAAGCUUCUGAUAUCUUAUUAGUGGCUAUGGAGUCUGGCCAAUUGCCUAUAGAUUUUCCUGAUAGUAUAGCUGGCAAAUAUGUUGGUGGAACACUCAUGUGUGAGGUGCGAGAUUAUAGGAAGCAUGAAUAUGAGCAAGGAUUUAAUUCUACUUCUUCACCAAUGGCUGGAUUCCCUAUUUUUAAGAAAGUACGCCUUCGGGUGACUUUGGAGAAUGUAGUGAAGGAUGUUUCUUUGGUAUCAAACGAUUCUUGGUCAUAUGCUGAUUUGAUGGAUGUAGAGUCUGAGAUUGUGAAUGCUAUGAAUCCACAACUCUGUCUAGAUCCUACUCCCAAAUUGGAUAGGCUUUCUACUAAUUUAGUUAAUGAAAAGCUUGAUUUAUCUGUGAGAAGUCUACGGAAAAAGAGAUUCAAGCAGAUGCGAGAAGCUAAUAGAGUUCCAGAAAGCUCCCAUGGCAGGUUGGAAGAGUCUGGGAUGAUUUCUGACAUUAUGUUGCCACAUGUCAAUGAGAAUAUGGCUACUCAAAAUCUGGUUCCAAAUCAGUUGUUGCCAUUGAAGCCUAAAAAUUAUGUACCUGAUGCUUCUGUACCAUUAGUACCUCUAGUAACCCAACAAUCAAGGUAUCAAAUUGGGGUGGGGAUAUCAGGUAUGCAAGAUCAUGGGCCAAGUUCUGUUGUCAACCCAUCUGGAGCUUUGUCUGUUGGACAGGAGAUGAUCUCCCAUGCUGAAAAUAUGAACUCUACUGCUUCUUUUCAGGCGAAAAGGGAGAGUCAAGAUGGACAAUUGUCUCCUUUAUCCGGUUAUAAUAAGAGAGCUAGGCUUAACCCCCUAGGCGCUGAUGGAAUUCAACAUCAGCAAAUUGGAACGUCUAUGGACAAUCUCCAUGGAGCUGAUGUAAGUUGGAAGAAGACAAUGUUAGAGCAACCUGUAGUGGGACCAGAUGCUAGUCAUUUGGAAGCUCAACAAUCACGAGUUCAACAGAGAUUACCACAUCAUGCAUUUAUGAGGACUAGUUUCGCUCAGCCAUGGAAUAAUAUGGUUCAACAUGUUGAAAAAGAUUUGAGAAAGGAGGAACAGUUCCAAAAAAGGAAGACAGCUCAAAGUCCACGGCUGUCUUCUGGGGCUUUGCCUCAAUCUCCACUAUCUUCAAAGUCAGGAGAAUUUUCUAGUGGUUCAGUUGGACCACACUUUGGAGUUGUUGCAACAUCCGCUUCACUUGCAUCACACAAAGAAAAGUCUGUAGUAACCUCGGUUCCUGCUGUAUCUAGUGCAAAUGAAUCAAUGCAGCGCCAACAUCAGGUUCAAACUGCAGCUAAAAGAAGAUCAAAUUCUCUCCCUAAGACCCCAGGAAUUACUGGCGUUGGUUCUCCUGCUAGUGUUAGUAAUAUUAGUGCUCCACCUAAUGCAAAUAGUCCUUCAGUUGGAACACCGCCAUUGAGUGAUCAAUCCAUCCUCGAUAAGUUUUCAAAAAUAGAAAAUGUGGUCUUGAGGUAUCAACUUAAUUCUAGAAAGAAUAAAGUUGAUGAUUGUCGUAUGAGAAAGCCAAAUUCGUAUUCAACCCAAAAUCUGUCGGCUUGUCUCCGUAGUGUUUCGAAUAACGAGGAUUUUAUAGAUGAGUUGAGGCCAUUGUCGAAGUCAUUGCUUGGUGGCAGUAUGAAUGUCUCCAAGUCCAGAGUUUUAAAUUUUGUAAACACAGAACGUGUAGUUCAAGGAAAUGUUGUAUCUAUUGUUCAUCGGUUACGAACUAGAUUGGUCCUGUUGGAGAAGGCAAAUGAUGGCACUGUAGCAAUGUAUUGUGGAGACAAAGAAGAUGGCGAUAUUCUGGCCGUGGAGGAGUAUCUUCCUAUACUACCCAAUACUCACUCGGCAGAUUUGCUUGCGACACAAUUUAGCUCACUGAUGUUACGUGAGGGAUGUCUUGUGGAAGAUCUUACGCAAAUAAAACCCAAACGUAUGAGUUUAAUGUCAGGCGGCCCACCUAGUAGUGUCGGUGUUUCACCAAAUAAUUCAGGAGCUGAGAUGCAGCAGCAUGCCAAAGCAGUUUCUGGUCAGGCAAUAUCCAAUGAAGUUGCAAAGCCAAGUAAUGGUUUAGAUUCGUCACAGAAUCUUCUAGCAAGCACCAGGAUGCUUCCUCCCGGAAACCCUCAUGCUGUACAGAUGUCUCAAGGACUCAUGUCCGGAGUUUCAAUGCCUGUGAGGCCACAGCAGCUUGACUCACAGCAAUCAGUUCAGUCACAGCAACAACAGCAACCUUCAAACCAUCACCCCUCAAUGCAGCAGCAACAACAACAGUUUCAGAGAUCAGCGAUAAUGCUUGGCCCAAAUUCGGUCUCAAACUUGAAUGCAAGCAUGCAAUUGGGUAAUCAUAUGGUCAACAACAAGCCUUCAGCUCUCCAACUUCAAAUGUUGCAGCCACAACAGCAACAGCAACAGCAACAACAGACACAAAUGCAGAGGAAAAUGAUGAUGGGACUUGGACCUGCUGUAGGUAUGGGAAACAUGGGAAAUAACAUGGUUGGGCUUGGAGGCUUGAGCAAUGCAAUAAGUAUGGGAAGUGCAAGGGGAUUAGGAGGAACAGGAAUGUCAGCCCCAAUAUCUAGUAUAGGUAAUGUGGCUGCAAAUUCUAUGAAUCUUAACCAAGCAGCAAACAUCACCAACGUUAUUGGCCAACAACUUCGAUCUGGAAAAAUAACUCCAGAAGAAGCAGUAUUUAUGGCAUCAAAAUUCAAGAGUAAUCAAAGAAUGUUAGGGCCCCCUCAAUCAAGCAUUUCUGGGAUGCCGGGAGCUAGGCAGAUGCUCUCAGGCUCUAGUGGUCUUUCAUCAAUGUUGGGCCAGAAUCUAAACCGGACUAACAUGAAUCCCAUGCAGCGUACACCAAUGGGGCCGCCAAAGUUAAUGCCAAUGAUGAAUCCAUACAUGAGCCAACAACAGCAGCAACAGAUGCAACAACAACAACUUCAGCAACAGAUGCAACAACUACAGCACCAAAUGCGCCAGCAGCAACAACAGUUACAGCAGCCACCACAAGAAACAGCAUCACCUCUGCAGGCUGUUGUUUCACCAUCUCAAGUUGGCUCACCAUCAACCUUGGGGAUAACACAGUUGAAUCAACAACCUCAGCAACAGUUGAGUCCACAACAACUCAGUCAAAUAACUCCAUUGAGUCCACAGCAGUUGAGCUCUGGGGCAAUCCAUGCCAUUAGUGCUGGUAACCAAGAGCCUUGUCCAACUAGCCCACAGUUGAGCUCUCAAACCCUUGGUUCAGUUGGUAGCAUUACAAACUCUCCUAUGGAUUUGCACUGUGUAAAUAAAAGCUAACGCUUAGGCAAGUCUGGAUGUCUAAUUUCUUACUUUAAUGCUCACUGUUCACGCAUUCUGAUGCUAUACGAUAUUCCUCUCUCAUAAAUAUCUCAUGUCUUCUUUUAUCUCUCA